AUGAGAGACUCGAGCCCCGGAGAGGAGGAGGAGGAGGCAGCGGCGGCGGCGGCAGCGAAGAAGAAGGAGGAGGAGGUGGUGGUGGAGGUGGUGUUGGAGGAGGAGGAGGUGGUGUUGUCAGUGUUGGAGGCUCCAACGCCGCGAUGUCGUCUCGUGCCAAGGCGCAGGAGACGGUGCGAGUCGUGGUCCGCUGCCGACCGCUGAGCCGCCGGGAGGAAUCGGCGGGUUGCUGCGGCGCCGUCGACCUGGACGUGAAGCUGGGCCAGGUGACCGUGAGGAACCCGCGCGCCGGACCAUCGGAACUGCCCAAGAGCUUCACCUUCGACGCCGUCUACGACUGGAACUCGAAGCAGGCAGACCUCUACGACGAAACCUUCCGCCCGCUGGUGGAGUCGGUGCUGCUUGGUUUCAACGGCACCAUCUUCGCCUACGGACAGACGGGCACGGGCAAGACCUACACCAUGGAAGGUCCCGGCAGGGCCUGCGGUGACCCGGAGCGCCGCGGCGUCAUCCCCAGCUCGUUCGAGCAGAUCUUCACGCACAUCUCGCGCUCGCAGAACCAGCAGUACCUGGUGCGCGCCUCCUACCUGGAGAUCUAUCGGGAGGAGAUCCGGGACCUCCUGUGCAAGGAUCAGAGCCAGCGGCUGGAGCUCAAGGAGCGGCCCGACGUCGGCGUCUACGUGAAGGAGCUGUCGUCCUUCGUGACCAAGAGCGUCAAGGAGAUCGAGCACGUCAUGAACGUGGGAGGUCAGAAUCGCGCUGUGGGCGCCACCAACAUGAACGAGCGGAGUUCGCGCUCGCACGCCAUCUUCGUGGUCACGGUGGAGAGCAGCGAGCGCGGCGUGGACGGGCAGGCGCGCAUCCGAGCCGGGAAGCUCAACCUCGUGGACCUGGCAGGCAGCGAGCGGCAGGCCAAGACGGGGGCGCAGGGCGAACGACUCAAGGAGGCCACCAAGAUCAACCUGUCACUGUCGGCGCUCGGCAACGUCAUCUCGGCCCUGGUGGACGGCCGAAGUAGCCACGUCCCGUACCGCGACUCGAAGCUCACUCGGCUCCUGCAGGACUCACUGGGAGGGAACGCCAAGACCAUCAUGGUGGCCACGGUGGGUCCCGCCGACUGCAACUACGACGAGUCCCUGACGACGCUGCGCUACGCCAGUCGUGCCAAGAACAUCAAGAACAAGCCGCGCAUCAACGAGGACCCAAAAGACGCGUUGCUGCGCGAGUUCCAGGAGGAGAUCUCCAGGCUGAGGGCGCAACUGGAGAAGCGCAGCCUCUGCAGGGAGCGGCGCAGGAGUCGGACGAGCAGGAGGAAGUCUCGCGCGGGCGGUGACGGCGAGAACGACAAAGAUGACGAUGGUGACGACGACGGCGACGUUGACGAUGAUGAAGUGGACGAUGACGGUUUCGCCAUGGACUCGGCGGGCGGAGAGAAGCGGGAUGAGGCGGAGGUGCGCAGCUGCGGCAAGAAGCAGGAGAAGCGAGAAGGAGCCGAAGAGGAGGAGGAGGAGCUCAUGGCCGAGAAGGACAAGGUGGUGUGGGAUCUGUCCAAGGAGCAGGACGCCAAGGACGCGCUCAUGUCCAAGAUCAAGGCCAUGGAGAGUAAGUUGCUCGUGGGAGGCAAGAACAUCAUGGACCACACCAACGAGCAGCAGAAGAUGCUGGAGCAGCGGAGACAGGAGAUCGCAGAGCAGAAAUGGCGCGAGCGGGAGAUGCAGCAGCAGGUGGAGCGUCGCGACGAGGAGACACUGGAGCUGAGGGACACGUUCACCUCGCUGCGCCAGGAGGUCGAGCUCAAGACCAAGAAACUCAAAAAGCUGUUUGCGAAGCUGCAGUCGGUGAAGGCGGAGACGCAGGACGUGCAGGACGAGCACGUGAAGGAGCGGCAGGAGCUGGAGCAGACGCAGAACGAGCUCACGCGCGAGCUCAAGCUCAAGUACCUGACCAUGGAGAACUUCAUUCCUCCGGAGGUCAGGAGCAGGUUGAUGGAGCGAGCGUUCUUCGACGAGGAGGAGGAGCAGUGGAGGCUGCAGCCGAUCGUUCGCAACCCCGGAGCCCAGCAGCUGAAGAGGCCGGUGUCGGCCGUGGGGUACAAGCGGCCCGUGAGCCAGACGGCCUGUGCCACCGUGCGCUGCUGGGACAACCCGCGCUUCCGGGCGGAGAACGUGAUGUUCGUCGAGCUGGAGCUGCCGUCGCGUACGACACGGGAUCACGUCGCGCCCCGCGGACGUCGCUCCGUCCCCUGCGCGCGAGAUUCUCCGGGGCAAGGGGCCUCUCAGCAGCAGCAGCAGCAGCCCCAUGCCGCUUCUAGGGGCGGCAGCAGCAGCAGCAGCAGCAACGGCAGCAGCAGCAGCGGCGCAGCCGGAGCGUCUGAGAGCUCCGAGUGGGAGAUGAGGAGAAGCAAAUCCAGGACCAAGCACAGCCGAAGACCCGUGUCUGCGAUGUCCUUGCUGCCGAUUCCGAUCUCCGCUCUCGGCGUGCGCUCUCGCCACUCGCAAAUCUACCCUUCGUCGGCUUCCGCCAUCGCCUACCCACAGUCCUCCUCUGCUUCUCAAAGCUACCCGCAGCCCUCCGCCGUCCUUCAGGGCUACCCACAGUUCUCCGCUUUGCAGGGGUACCCGCAAUCCUCUGCUACUGCGGCCUACUCUCAAUCUCCGGCCUCCCAGGGCUUCUCAUCGCAGUUGCUCCCGCACGCACACGUCCCCACGUAGUGGCGGCGGCGGUGGACUCGGGACGGGCGGCUGCGUCGGGAAGCUUGGCCGACCCGGUGGCGCUUGCGCGGAUGCUUAGGGGCCUCUGUGACGUUCGUCAAGAGUCAAAUUUGCCCGCUCGGCAGCCAACCGUUGAACGUGCGUGCGUGUGUGUGGGUGCCACCGAGAGUUCGUGCGGGUACGGGUCCCGACGGGCAGGUCGGGGUGGCACGCGCGCCGCACAAAAAAAAACCCGCGGCCUCGCUUGGCACGCACAGGGUAGCUGAUACGCCGGGGAGCCGUACGCAGGACGCUCGCUCGCGCGUCCGGCUUCUGCGGAGGCGGCUGCGUCGUUGUCUGCUGCCGUCGUGAUUCCUCGAAGGCCGCCGUGGGUCGUUCACGGUCGCGCGCGUUCCCGCGACACAACGACAACGGAGGGGCUUGGCUGCGUUAUCGCUCAGGCCGGCAAACUCGGCCCGGUGAUAUUACGCCGCCAAGCUGUUUUCCUUUGGGGCCCCCUUUCUUUUCUUUUCUUAUCUCGUGUUUUAAGAUGCAGCGGCAAUAGCUGCCGACUGCACAGACGGUGCAACUGGGCCAGGGAUGACCGCGUGUAGCCUUGCCACCUGCUCCCGGGAUCGUCUUCUUUUUGAAGUGGCCUGUUCUGGGAAAUCCGUGCAUUUUCCCAGGAUGUUUAAGCGUCCUGGAUUUUGUCAGUUGCGUAAUUAAAAAGAAUAAUACAAUAAGUAAUACAGUACACGUAAUAAUGCACCGCGUAAAACGAUGCGUUCGCACGUAGAUCUCCCCUCUGCCAGUGUUGUGAAGUGUUUUUCUGCUUCCUCUCAUUGACAUGCUCCGGUCUUUUUUUAUUGUACCUCCAGAAGUGGCAACCGUAGCUACGGGCCAGAGGGGCCCAGGCACAGGGCC